AUGUGGAAAGGUCUGCUGCCCUUUUGGGGGUUUGUAAGAAUUGUUUUAGCUGACUCUCAAACCAUCAACGAGACCAUUUUUGGAACCAGGCUCAACACCAGUCUUAUCAGACUUAUUGUUAACAAAUUAAAUUCAGAUACAACAGUAUAUUUGUAUGGUUGUGAUGAGAAAGAUGAAGAACUGGAAUUGCUUCAUGAUGAUCUCUCUAUGGAGAAUAUAAAUGCAAAACUAGGAAUAUCGCGGGAUAAGUUGAGUUUAAUGUCCCAUGGAAGUUUAAUAUAUUUUUGUGAGAUGGUGAACAAAAAUUUAACGAUUACAGGAACCGGUUUGGCUGUGUUUGUGAAGGAUAGAGAUGAAGCUGAAGACGUUAUUCUCCUGGGUUCAGGAAAUCGAAAAUUCUUCGUUGAUGAGAGAGGGGAUUUAAAAGAACUCCACGAAUACAGAGGAGUUUCUGAUCUAGUUACGUACAGUACAGAUUUCGCAGAGAAGGAUGACGAGAAAAACAGAUAUGAUUUGCAUGGAAUUAAACUGGUUGUUGGAUUUCUAAAUGCAUCAUCAUACGUUCAAUACAGAGAAGAACAAUUUCAUGGAAUCCAGGGGCAAUUAUUUGAAAUAAUGAAAGGAUUAUUGAAUUUUACCUACACUGCGGUUCCUUGUAUUGACGGCAUUUAUGGAACAAAGGUCGAAGGCGGAGUUCGGAAUAAAGGAAAAGUGUCGCAAUUCAACGGAUUGAUCGGUAUGUUGGAAAGAUCUGAAAUUGAUAUUGCUCUGGCGGAUUUAUCCUUAACCUUUACUAGAUCAGAGGUUGCUGAUUUUGGCGGUAAAAUGGUUCUGCAGCCUGCCUAUUGUCUCAUAGCUAAACCUGGAAAUGAAAUAUCCUACCUUGCAUACGUUAAUCCUUUAAAGCAGAAUAUUUGGAUUUGUGUUUUUGCCAGUGUUGUUGUAUUAACCCUCUACAUAUUUCUGAUAAAAGCCCUGUCGGGAAAUUUUAGUUUGACCCAAGACGAUACUCUUGCCAAGGACGAAAAUAUUCCUGAGCAGAUUCUUGAGGUGGUCGGAUAUAUUUGUAGAAAUAUGGCAACCAUUGAUCCUAGUCUUCUUCCGUAUAAAAAAUACAAAUGGGCCUGGAGAUUAACCUUCCUAUCCUGCCUGGUCCUGGGUUAUCUAACUGUACAAGUGUACAACGCUGAGCUAACUACUUAUCUCACCAGUAAAACAGCGGUUCUACCAAUAAACCAGAUGGAAGAUAUUCUAGACCACAGCGACAUGAAACUAAGUUUAUCUAAAGGUUCUUUUUUUGUUACCCUUCUUCAAUUUGCCACCGAGGGGAAUUAUAAGAGGUUAUGGGAGGAAAAGGUUGAAGGUAAAGAAUAUGGAAUACUAAGAUGGGCAGAUGGAGAUGAAAAACUACUUCAAGCCAUUAAGGAAGAUAUCCAUGUGAAAUAA